AUCCCCAUCUCAGACUAUCUGUUCUCUCUCACGCUCUCUCUCUCUCGCUCUGCCCUCACUCUAUUGGGAUAUGAAGUGAACUGUGAAGAGGAAGAACAUUGUGAUCUUGAUCCAAUUAUAUUAUAAUAUAGCCAUGUUGGUUCUUUAUAAAUGAGCUCAUCCGAGUAGUUUUACAUUUUUAAAUCACGUUAGUGGGAAUGGAGUGUAACAAAGAUGAGGCUCUCAGGGACAAGAAAAUUGCAGAAGAAAAGAUGGUGGAAAAUGAUUUUGAAGGGGCUCGAAAGUUUGCAUUGAAGGCCAAACAAUUAUAUCCUGAACUAGAUAAUAUUUCCCAACUGAUUACGGUGUGUGAUGUCCAUUGUGCAGCUCAAAAGAAGAUAUAUGGUGCUGGAAAAGAUUUAUAUGGAAUUCUUCAAGUUGAAAAUGUAGCCGAUGACACAACCAUCUGCAAACAAUACCGAAAACUUGCACUUGUACUUCAUCCUGACAAAAACAAAUUUCCGGGAGCUGAAGCUGCUUUUAAACUUAUUGGUGAAGCAAAUAUGACACUAUCAGAUAGAGAAAAAAGGUCAAUUUAUGACAUGCAGUGUAGAGAACCCGCCAAAGCUUUUGCUAAAGAGAUUCAUAAUCAUCAAGGAAAUCAAACUUCUUAUGCGGGUCAACAGAACCAAUUCAAAACUGCUCCAAGUUCUCAGUUUAAUGGUGUGAGUCGUGGUCAACAGUCAACAUCUAACCCAAGCACUCGCUUAACGUUCUGGACGCAGUGUCCGUUUUGUAGCGUUAAGUACGAGGCUUACAGAGAAUUUAUUCAGAGACUUUUGCGGUGCCAGCAAUGCUCAAAACUCUUUAUUGCGUUUGAAAUAUUCAAAACUGCUCCAAGUUCUCAGUUUAAUGGUGUGAGUCGUGGUCAACAGUCAACAUCUAACCCAAGCACUCGCUUAACAUUCUGGACGCAAUGUCCUUUUUGUAGCGUUAAGUACGAGUCUUACAGAGAAUUUUUUCAGAGACUUUCGCGGUGCCAGCAAUGCUCAAAACUCUUUAUUGCGUAUGAAAUAGGGCCACAAGCACAUAACGUAAAUCUUGGAUCCAAGGCGCAGAGUGUAAAUUCUGGAUCCAAGCCUGUUUCUCAACAGAAAGAGGCUGCAAAAGUUGAAACUGCCAAAGGAAAUAUUAAAAAGGAUGGAAAGGUUCCUUCUAAUUUGGAACGCAAGAAAACUGAAGGUACUAGAAUGAAACAGGAAGGAGUCACGAAACCAAAGGUUAGUGGUGUACGGAAGCCAAUGGAAACAGGAACUGCUAAAGCUACUGACAAAAGGAUGGCGGCAGAAUCUAGGGGUGAAGCAAGUUCUGAUAAAACGGAGGCGGCAGGUGGCGGAGUUAGUGGUGGUAGUCCCAAUGGGAAAAGAUCUUCUCGACAAAGACAGCAAGCUUCUUACCAGGAAGGUGGCGCUGGUGAGUUUAGUCCUUCAAAAAAAUCAAAACUGAGUAAAUCGUCUGGUGAUGUGGCACAUGCUGAUGUCAGCACGCCAAAUGGCAAGCUGAAACAGAACGGAAAGGAAGCAGUGACACCUGACAGUCAUUCUAAAAAAUCAAAACUGAGUAAAUCGUCUGGUGAUGUGGCACCUGCUGAUGUCAGCACGCCAAAUGGCAAGCUGAAACAGAACGGAAAGGAAGUGGUGACGCCUGACAGUCAUUCUAAAAAUGAUCCAGAGCCGGAGUUAGUACACUGUCCAGAACAAGACUUUACUAAUUUUGACAAGGAUAAGGAGGAGCAUUGUUUUGCAGUUGGUCAAAUAUGGGCAUGCUAUGACUCUGUUGAUGCCAUGCCAAGAUUCUAUGCUCAAAUUAGGAAAGUUUAUUCUUCAAAGUUUAGGCUGCGAAUCGCUUGGUUUGAAUCUGACCCAGAUAAUGCACUUGAAAUCAAAUGGGUCGAAGAAGGAUUACCUGUUGCUUGUGGGAAGUAUGAGCUCGGGGAAACCGAGGAAACGAGUGAUCCCCGUAUUUUUUCUCAUCAGAUUGUAAUUAAGAAAGUGAGUAAAUCUUCAUAUUUUAUUAGUCCCCAGAAAGGGGAAAUCUGGGCUGUUUAUAAAGAUUGGGAUAUGAAAUGGAGCAUGGACCCAGAAAAUCAUACCAAAUACAAAUUCGAUAUUGUGGAGAUUGUAGAAGCCGGCGAGGAUUGUAUAACUGUUGGUUUCUUGUUGAAAGUGAAGGGAUUUGUUGGCGUGUUUCAGAGAUCAAUCUGGGCAGGAGCUGGUGAUCUUAAGAUUCCAUGUAACGAGCUGUUUAGGUUUUCUCAUCGUAUCCCGUCAGCAGAACUUACCGGAACUGAAAGAGCUGGUGUACCCGCUGGAUCUUUAGAGCUGGAUAUGGCUUCUCUGCCUGCUGAUUUUGAAGACUAUUGUUCUUAUUCUUCUAACAAUGUAAAUACUGCUUCUAAAUCUCAUGAAGAAACGGUCAAACCUGUUCCUAAUUUGGUAAGUACUCCAAAGAAGCGCAUUGAUAAGGAUAGCACUAGCUUAACAUUCCGGACGUAUUGUCCGUUUUGUAGCAUUAAGUAUGGGUAUUACAAAGAAUAUAUUCAGAGACCUUUGCGGUGCCAGCAAUGCUCAAAAGUCUUGAUUGCGUAUGAAAUAGGGCCACAAGCACAUAACGUAAAUCUUGGAUCCAAGCCUGUUUCUCAACAGAAAGAGGCUGCAAAAGUUGAAAAUGCCAAAGGAAAUAUUAAAAAGGAUGGAAAGGAUCCUUCUAAUUUGGAACACAAGAAAACUGAUAAAAAGGAGGCGGCAGGUGGUGGAGUUAGUGGUGGUAGUCCCAAUGGGAAAAGAUCUUCUCGACAAAGACAGCAAGCUUCUUACCAGGAAGGUGGCGCUGGUGAGUUUAGUCCUUCAAAAAAAUCAAAACUGAGUAAACCGUCUGGUGAUGUGGCACCUGCUGAUGUCAGCACGCCAAAUGGCAAGCUGAAACAGAACGGAAAGGAAGUGGUGACACCUGACAGUCAUUCUAAAAAUGAUCCAGAGCCGGAGUUAGUAGACUGUCCAGAACAAGACUUUACUAAUUUUGAAAAGGAUAAGGAGGAGCGUUGUUUUGCAGUUGGUCAAAUAUGGGCAUGCUAUGACUCUGGUGAUGGCAUGCCAAGAUUCUAUGCUCAAAUUAGGAAAGUUUAUUCUUCAAAGUUUAGGCUGCAAAUUGCUUGGUUUGAAUCUGACCCAGAUAAUGCACUUGAAAUCAAAUGGGUCGAAGAAGGAUUACCUGUUGCUUGUGGGAAGCAUGAACUCGGGGAAACUGAGGAAACGAGUAAUCGCCUUAUGUUUUCUCAUCAGAUGGUAAUUAAGAAAGUGAGUAAAUCUUCAUAUUUUAUUAGUCCCCAGAAAGGGGAAAUCUGGGCUGUUUAUAAAGAUUGGGAUAUGAAAUGGAGCAUGGACCCGGAAAAUCAUACCAAAUACAAAUUCGAUAUUGUGGAGAUUGUAGAAGCCGGUGAGGAUUGUAUAACUGUUGGUUUCUUGUUGAAAGUGAAGGGAUUUGUUAGCGUGUUUCAGAGAUCAAACUGGGCAGGAGCUGGUGAUCAUAAGAUUCCAUGUAACGAGCGGUUUAGGUUUUCUCAUCGUAUCCCGUCAGCAAAACUUACCGGAACUGAAAGAGCUGGUGUACCCGCUGGAGCUUUUGAGCUGGAUAUGGCUUCUCUGCCUGCUGAUUUUGAAGACUAUUGUUCGUAUUCUUCUAACAAUGUUAAUACUGCUUCUAAAUCUCAUGAAGAAACGGUCAAACCCGUUCCUAAUUUGGUAAGUACUCCAAAGAAAACUGAAGGUACUAGAAUGAAACAGGAAGGAGUCACGAAACCAAAGGUUAGUGGUGUACGGAAGCCAAUGGAAACAGGAACUGCUAAAGCUACUGACCGAAGGAUGGCGGCAGAAUCUAGUGAAGCAAGUUCUGAUAAAAAGGAGGCAGCAGGUGGCGGAGUUAGUGGUGGUAGUCCCAAUGGGAAAAGAUCUUCUCAACAAAGACAGCAAGCUUCUUACCAGGAGGGUGGCGCUGGUGAGUUUAGUCCUUCAAAAAAAUCAAAACUGAGUAAAUCGUCCGGUAAUGUGGCACCUGCUGAUGUCAGCACGCCAAAUGGCAAGCUGAAACAGAACGGAAAGGAAGUGGUGACACCUGACAGUUAUUCUAAAAAUGAUCCAGAGCCGGAGUUCGUAGACUGUCCAGAACAAGACUUUACUAAUUUUGAUAAGGAUAAGGAGGAGCAUUGUUUUGCAGUUGGUCAAAUAUGGGCAUGCUAUGACUCUGUUGAUGCCAUGCCAAGAUUCUAUGCUCAAAUUAGGAAAGUUUAUUCUUCAAAGUUUAGGCUGCAAAUUGCUUGGUUUGAAUCUGACCCAGAUAACCCACUUGAAAUCAAAUGGGUCGACGAAGGAUUACCUGUUGCUUGUGGGAAGCAUGUGCUCGGGGAAACCGAGGAAACGAGUAAUCGCCUUAUGUUUUCUCAUCAGAUGGUAAUUAAGAAAGUGAGUAAAUCUUCAUAUUUUAUUAGUCCCCAGAAAGGGGAAAUCUGGGCUAUUUAUAAAGAUUGGGAUAUGAAAUGGAGCAUGGACCCAGAAAAUCAUACCAAAUACAAAUUCGAUAUUGGGGAGAUUGUAGAAGCCGGUGAGGAUUGUAUAACUGUUGGUUUCUUGUUGAAAGUGAAGGGAUUUGUUAGCGUGUUUCAGAGAUCAAUCCGGGCAGGAGCUGGUGAUCAUAAGAUUCCAUGUAACGAGCGGUUUAGGUUUUCUCAUCGUAUCCCGUCAGCAAAACUUACCGGAACUGAAAGAGCUGGUGUACCCGCUGGAUCUUUUGAGCUGGAUAUGGCUUCUCUGCCUGCUGAUUUUGAAGACUAUUGUUCGUAUUCUUCUAACAAUGUUAAUACUGCUUCUAAAUCUCAUGAAGAAACGGUCAAACCCGUUCCUAAUUUGGUAAGUACUCCAAAGAAGCGCAUUGAUAAGGAUAGCACGCCUAAACUUCGUCGAUCGCCCAGAGGUUUGGGAAACCAGAAGAUAUAAUUCUUGAGCCAAGGUUCUGGUUGAUUGGGUGGUGCGAAUAGAUUUGAAUGUGUUUUAUACAAAAGGCCUAAGUUGGGGACGAAGAUAAAGCAAAGGAAGUACUAGAAGCUGCCAAAGCAUCAAUGGGUAUGCUAUAGCUUAUAUUAUUUUAGUGUUUUAUGCAAUUCAUGAUGUUUAUGUAUGUUCUUUCUGGUCAAGAUUUGUCACAAGUUGAUUUGAUCAAUGUUAAGAUGUUUGCACGUGUGAUGGACCUUACUGAGUACAGGAAGAAACUUUUUGAUUAUCUCACCACUAAAAUGGGUGACAUCGCACCUAAUUUAGCUGUGUUAAUCGGUGAA